GGUGGCUGCGGUGCCGCCUGCGCCGUCCCACCUGCGGCGGCAGCGUGUCCCCGCCCCGCACGCCGGCGCCCCCGCCUCGCUCGCCGCUUGGCCGCACGACCGCCGGGCGCGCCUCGCGGGGCCAUCCCGCCCCUCGUGGCACUGCCCGCGGAGGGAGAGAGGGAGGGAGAGCGGCGGGGGAAGGCGGUGACACGGCCGCGCUCCGCGUCGCCCCCCGCGGCUGUGGGAGCGGGGCAGCGGCGGCGCGGGGCGGGGCGUGAGCGGCCGGCGGCGGCCGCGGGGGCGUCGCUGCUGCGGGGCUGCCCCCGCCCGGGAGCGCCGAGGGGAGGGAGCGAAAGGAGGAAGGAAGGAAGGAAGGAAGAAGUCGCUGGUGCCGCUGCAGGAGGAGAAGGAGGUAGUGGCGGCGGCGGUGCUGCUGCAGCCGCAGGCAGAGCCUCCCCCUCCCGCCGGGCCGGGCGGGGCGGGCUCCGCGACCGAGAUGUCUCAGGAGCGGCCCAAGUUCUACCGGCAGGAGCUGAACAAGACGGUGUGGGAGGUGCCCGAGCGCUACCAGAACCUCUCCCCGGUCGGCUCCGGGGCCUACGGCUCGGUGUGUUCUGCCUUUGACACAAAAACUGGUUUGAGAGUGGCAGUGAAGAAGCUGUCCCGGCCCUUCCAGUCCAUCAUCCACGCCAAGAGAACCUACCGGGAGCUGCGGCUGCUCAAGCACAUGAAGCAUGAAAAUGUGAUUGGCUUAUUGGACGUGUUCACCCCUGCCAAAUCACUAGAAGAAUUCAAUGAUGUGUACUUGGUGACACAUCUCAUGGGAGCAGACCUGAACAACAUUGUGAAAUGCCAGAAGCUCACUGAUGACCACGUGCAGUUUCUCAUUUACCAGAUCCUUCGAGGCCUGAAGUACAUCCAUUCAGCUGACAUAAUACACAGGGAUUUAAAACCCAGUAACUUAGCUGUUAAUGAAGACUGUGAGCUGAAGAUCCUGGAUUUCGGGCUGGCCCGGCACACGGAUGAUGAGAUGACCGGGUACGUGGCCACCCGGUGGUACAGGGCUCCCGAGAUCAUGCUGAACUGGAUGCACUACAACCAGACAGUUGAUAUUUGGUCAGUGGGAUGCAUUAUGGCUGAGCUGUUGACUGGAAGAACAUUGUUCCCUGGCACAGACCAUAUUAACCAGCUUCAGCAGAUCAUGCGUCUGACGGGAACGCCCCCUGCAUAUCUCAUUAACAGGAUGCCCAGCCACGAGGCAAGAAACUACAUCCAGUCUUUGUCUUACAUGCCGAAAAUGAAUUUUGAAAACGUGUUUAUUGGUGCCAAUCCCCUGGCCGUGGACUUGCUGGAGAAGAUGCUGGUCCUGGACACGGACAAACGCAUCACGGCCGCCGAGGCGCUGGCCCACGCCUACUUCGCCCAGUACCACGACCCUGACGAUGAACCCGUGGCAGACCCCUAUGACCAGUCCUUUGAAAGCAGAGAACUUGAGAUUGAAGAAUGGAAAAGCCUGACUUAUGAUGAAGUAAUCAGCUUUGUGCCACCCCCGCUUGACCAAGAGGAGAUGGAGUCCUGAGAAACUGCUCUCUUCUGUUUGUCCCACUUCACUGUGAAGGGAAGGCCUUUUCAUAGGGACUCUCCAAUUAUCGUUCAAGUGCCUCAUCACAACAAUAUUCUCCUUAGUGGAGGGGUUUUGUGUGUGUUGAACUGGGGAGGGAGGGGGGAGGGAAGGAAGCUGAGUCUAUGUAAACAUGCUGCAUGCUCUUGUAUUCUGUGUACAGCCUGGGGCAAGCCUCUGGAGACCUGUUCUGACUGCACUUAGUUCUUCCAGAGUAACAGUGCACCACCAGUCUGCACUGCUGGGGUGAGGUGAGGAAGGUGACAGUUAAAGGUUUGGUUGCAAUCAUUGCCAUUUAUCAAUUCUCCUACAACUGAGUAACCUCAAAAAGAAUGAAAGUUGGUUUAUAGGCUUAAAGAGUUCCCUGUUUUCUUCAGGACUGAAGGUGGGGUUGAGGGAUGUUCUUGUUCAAUGCCAGGUGUCUGAUUUACAUCCAGAUCUUCCUGGUACAGAAGAGUGUAGAGGCCUUCCAGCGCCUGAUUCUUGGAACAUGAAAAGAUGUUUGAAACUGUAAAUAUGUUUGUGCCUUAAAUAAAUGGGGAGAGAGAGGAAAGGAAGUCUGGGGUGGAAAUCUGACCCACUGUUCUUGAGUGAAGGCUCCCAGGUAGCAAGGCAUGAACUCAAUGUAAUUGGGAAGUAACUUUGAGGCAACAACUUCAACCCCUGGAUUGGGUAUUCCUGUGUUUUUCACUUUCCUCCUCCUCUUGUUCUGAGGCUUCUCAGCAUUAUCUUCCAGGAGCCAGAGGUUGGGGAAGAUCCUUGCUAGCCACACGUUUGUGUAUUCUGUUUCCUACAAGGUGGUGUGUUUUUGCAUGUUGUAGCUGUAUGUGCAUGUAGAGCUGCUUGAUUUUUGUCCUUACUUUUCGGGGAUGGCACUGGGGGCAGUUCAAUCAUCAGUGAAACGUUUGCUGAGUACCUCAGGCAGUGCUAUAAAAUCACAGCACCCUUCCUCCUGUGCUGCAGCUCCUUGUGAAAUACCUGCCAUCCUAGAGGCUUCAACGAGGGAAGGAUGUUGUGUCCAACAACAGAGAAACAUGCACCUUUUUCUUUGUUCUGACCUCUUCUCUGCAGAGGAGGAGAGCUUGGGUGGAAAGGUUUCUUGUGAGAUCAAGUGUAAAAAAUGUUCUUUAAAGAAAUGACUAUAGUAUCUUGUGAACUUAAGUUAUUUCCUGAAGAGAUUUUUUUUAGAAGUAUUGGAACCCAAAGCAAAGAAAUAAGCAUGCAUAAACACACAAUCACCCUUUCACUGUCUAUAUCUAUAAAUACAAAUAUUUAUAUACAUAAAACUAACAUUUACUAGAAGUUUUUUUUUAUCCUCUCACAUAAGAGCUUCUUGGCUAUUUCUUAGCAGGUUGAUCUCUGCCCAAGGAAACAUGAGAAGGGAGUAUGUUUGAAUACAAACGUGGUUCAAAUAUUUUGUAUUUUCUAGGACUCUGCAUGAGUGAAGUGCCCAGAGUUAGAGAGUGGCAGGAGGGAGGUUUCUCAGCAUGUUUGUGUGCUCCAUCUGUAGCUGGGGAACUCAGGAGCCCAAUUUUAGGGCUUCUGGAGGAAACAUUUUUAGACUUUAAUUUGUUGCAGGCAUCCUGUGUGGGCAAUGUACCCGUGUAUGUGAGGAGAAAGGCUUUUGCAGUAUUUUGUAUUCUUGUUACCUGUGGGGCAGAGAGUGUUUUUGUAGUGUUUUUGCCCCAUGUUUGAAGAGGCAGCACAAAGGGAUGGGAUGUGGAUGACAAAGCCAUUGAUUCUUCCUAGGCUACUUCCCAGGGAUCUCUUCAGGCCAAAAGUUCAAUAAAGGUCUGGGCUGAGAUGAAGAGAGCAGCUCUGUUGUGCUCUAGGAUAAAAUUCUCCACAGCCCAACAAAAUCAAGACAAAAAACGUCCCUUUUCUGCUGGGCCAGCAGUCUGGGUAUUCAAAUAAAAAUGUAGAUAUACUAUUGUAAACCUACAGCAAGAUUAUUUUUAUCAGCCAUUUUCUGUGUAGAUGCUACAGUGUGAUUUCAUGCAGAAAUAUUGCUAAAGAUUUUUAAAAACUAUCGGUGUUGUGUGUGUGGGUGUGUCUGUGUGUGUGAGUGGGAAUGGUUCAUUGGAGUCUGUCCUCUGAGGGAGCCCCUGGGGCACAAACUCCCUGCUGCCAGUGCUGUGCUGUGCUCAGCCUGCCUGGGCAUGAUGCUGCACCCAAAAGCAGAGAUCUGCUAUUUUGUUUCUAUCCAUGAAUUUUGCUGUAAUUGGUUAUGCCAGAUAAGAUGUCACAAUACCACUGGUUAAAAAUAAAAUCUAUUUUUCAGA